GCAUGCAGCUGGCCCGGCAGGGCUGCGGGGGCCGCAGAAGGCGGGAGGCGGCGAGCAUGGAGCGCGAGCUGGAGGCGCUGGCUGCCCGGCCCGCGCGCCCGGCUGAGCCGCCCUUCCAGGCGCUGGUGGAGGCGGCGGGCGGCUGCGGGCAGGUGUUGCUGGUGGGCGAACUGUGGGAGCGCGAGCAGAGCCGCGCGCUGCUGUGGGACUUCGCCCGGGCGGUGUUCCCGCCCCAGCAAGCCGCGGGCAAGCCGGGCGGCGCGGCGGCCGAGGGCGCGGGGCCCGGGGCGCCGGGGGCGCAGAAGGUGCCCGAGACCCGGGCGCGCGCCAUCCGCUCACCGCUGGUCUUCGUGCUGUGCCGCGCGUCAUCGCUGGCCUCCCGGGAGCCGCGGCGCCACCUGCGGGAGAUGCUGCGGGACGUGCGCAGCCGGCGGCGGCCCGGCGCGGCGUUGGUCGGGGUGCUGGUGGCCGAGGCGGAGCCCGAGGACGCGGUGGCUCCGGAGCUGCGGCUACUGGAGGCGCUGCUGCGCACGGUGUUCGGCCGCCAGGCGGGAGGCCCGGUGCAGGCGGCCGCCUACUGCCCCGGCCACCCGGCUUCCAGCUUGACUGUUCAGGCGGCCGCCUGCAGGGCCCUGCAAGCCGCCGGGCCCUUGCGACCAGCAGAAGGAGCCUGGGAGAGACCCGGCCUCCCAGGACUGCUGGCAUGCUUUUCCUGGGGUCCCUGGAGCCGGGGGAAGGACCCAGAUGCCACUUCCCCCAGUGACCCAGCUCAGGAUAAGUUCCAGGACCCUGAGGAGCAUCUGGCACUGACAGUCGUAUAUCCCAACGGAGACUGCGAGGAUCCCGGAAAGGGGUCAGUAGCCUGUGAUAGAGUUGCCUCCACUCCCGCUGAGCCCGCCGGAGACUUGAGAUGAAGGCUGGACCCCUGGCUGCCCCGGCUCCAACCUACAGACAGGGGGCUGGCUCUCACUGAGCUACCCUGCCUCCAUGUUGACUUGGGAUGCUGGUAACUACAAAGCCCCACCUGCCAGGGGGCUGUUGCGUUGACCUGUUACCAGCCAGGCAGCGGGACUUACUAAGCUAAGCAGGACCUAGGAAAAUGUAUCCUCCGGGAAUCUGGCCCCCCACUCACAUUUGCUCACUCUCGGGUCACUGUGGGAUUAUUUUUUCUCUCUUUGCCGCGGUUUCUCUAUGCCAUUGAGACAGCUGGCUAUCUGCUUUGAGGUUGUGCGGUGCUGUGACAUCCCAUGAUUGUUUGCAUGAGUGGCCAUCAUUUCAAGAGCAGUUGGACUAGAAAUCAUCAGAUCUGAGAGGGGAGCCUUGGACCUGUCACUCAACCUUUGGGUCUUCUGUUUCUCAAACACGUAAGGGCGCUACCAGCCCAGUGGCUCUCAGCCAGGGGUCAGGCUACCCCUCCAGGCAGUAUUGGAAAUUUGUGUGUGUGUGUGUGUGUGUGGUGUGUUGGGAGAAUCACUGCAACUGUGGGGCACCCCUGGAAUUUAGUGGGCAUCUCACAAUGUGCAGGGCAAUCUCCAGCAGCACAAAGUUGUUCCAUUCAAAAUGCCAAUCAUGGCAACUUUGAGAAACUGUAGAUGAGACCAUCUCCUCCCUGUCAAAUUCUAGGAAGAGUCCCCCAGAGCAGAGAGAGUUGGGCUUCCUGGGGCUUUGGCUUCCAGAGCAAGCCAGAAUAAAGAUGCAUUGCCACCCUGGGGGCCUUUUGGGGCAGAGUCAGUAUGGCCCCUGUGCUGCAGGCCCAGGGCAUAAAUAGCUUUGCACACUCUUGAGAAGAAAGGACCAUCUUUCUUCCUCAUGUUGACAUUAACUUUCUGUGCCGCGUUCUUUGAGAAUAAAGAUGCUAGGAACUAAGCACAGCACCAAACAGAAGGAAAGUUAGGGGUAUGGAUUACAAGAGCAUAGGAUUUGUUCUUGAUCUCAGGUCCUAACCCAAGGUCAAAGCAGACGAAGCCCAGAGGUGCCGAGUUCCUCAAUCCUUUUUUCUCUGUUUAUGAGUCAGUCAGGGUCAAUGAUGUUCCCUUCAAAGCCAGGAAGACCAUCUGACUGUUCACUCAGAGAGGGAACUCUGUAUUAGCUCCCUUGUCUUUCUCACCUGCCCCUGGAGAAAUCCAGUCUUUGGAAUGGCAAGGACAGCUCCUGAUUUUCCCAAGUAGAAAGCACUGUCUAAGGGAAGCAGCUAAAUUCAUUCAUUCAUGCAUGAUUCACUCAGCAGACAUGCAGUUGUGCCCAGCGCUCUGCAAGAUGCUACAUAACUUGUAUGAGUUAUUUCAGCUCUUGCUGUGAUGGCGACCAAAUGUGCAACGGGAAACCUUCUGUGGCCGAGGAGCUCUUUGAUGUUAAGGAGGAGCCCUCCCUGCUCCGUGCCUUUUUUUCCUCUAUAAUUUAUUCUCUAUAAUAGGGAGCCUAAGCCUAGUCCGUAUCAGUGUGAGGGCAGGUAGGAUGCCGGGAAGGAUACAGCUGACUUCCUCCUGCGCAAAAAUGGACUCAAUGAAUUGCUGUUGACUUUGUUUUAAAAUGGGGAGCCCCAUUCCUUUGACCUCUACCACCAC